UUGGAGGUUCGCGAGCGGUCGGCGCGAAGCGGAGGGGGAGGGAAGACGCCGAACUGGCCGUUCUCGUUCUGGGCGUUCACGUACCACAACAUCUCCGACGAGAUUCAUCCGCAGCACCGAUCGUGCGUGAAGUUCUGUUACACGGUGUACUGCGUCUUCGCGCUCGCCCUCGUGAGCAACUUUUUCGUGGCCAUGGCGCGCAUGUUCUUGCACAUGGACUUCGCGGCGUUUCUCAUGGCGUUCAUAUACAUGGUGUGUGGCAUCCCCGGUGCCUACAUGUUGUGGUACAGACGAGUUUAUAAUUCGUGCAAAACCGACCGCGCGUUCGGGUUCCUUUGGUUCUUCUUGAUGUUCAUGGUGCACAUCGGAUUCGUCUUCUUCGCCACCCUGGCGCCGCCGAACAUGUUCGGCGCGCAGAAAUGGUCGCUGUGCGGAAUAUUGAAUCUCAACGAAGCGCUGCAAGGCAACAAGACCAUUGGCGUCAUGCACACCAUCGUCAUGCUGCUGUUCGCGGCGGACUCCGUCUUGUCCGUCUUGGCUAUUCGCUGGGUGUACAGCUCGUUCCGCAGCGGCGGGCACACGCUCGAGCAGGCGCGCGCCGAGGCGUAUCGGGAGGGGAUCGCCGCCGCCACAACGGGCGGCAUCGGCUCGGCUGCGGUCUAG